CUCGCGGCCGUUGCGUCAGAAUCCUGCGCACUUGAGUCUGAGGUGAACGGCGAACCUGUCUCUGCGGGUUCACAUCAAACUCAGAAUCAUGCUGGUGGCGAGGCUGUCGUGCCUCCGGGCUGUUCCUCUCUCUGGGCUGCGUCCAGUUUUCACUCAGAGUGUCCCUGCUCUCAGGACGUCCUGUCUGAAGACCUGCUCCCCGCUGCUACGGCAACAGGGUUUGUCGACCAAGUCCAGGUUUGGUUUCCGUAAAGUUCGAUCGGCCAAAGAGACGCUCAAAGAGACGGCGUUUGGGCCGGUUUCAGAGACCGCCAUCAAAAUCGACAGCACAGGGAGGUUGAUCCUGGCCGGAGGAGCUGCAGUGGGACUGGGAGCUCUGUGUUACUAUGGACUGGGAAUGUCCAAUGAGAUCGGGGCCAUCGAGAAGGCGGUGAUCUGGCCUCAGUACGUGAAGGACCGGAUCCACUCCACGUACAUGUACUUCGCCGGGAGCGUGGGCCUCACCGCUCUGUCCGCCGUGGCCGUGAGCAGGACGCCGGCGCUGCUCGGGCUCAUGAUGAGGGGCUCCUGGCUGGCGAUCGGAGCGACGUUCGCUGCCAUGAUCGGAGCCGGGAUGUUGGUGAGGUCCAUUUCUUAUGAGCACAGCCCGAUGCCCAAACACCUGGCCUGGAUGCUCCACGCCGGCGUGAUGGGGGCGGUCAUCGCUCCUCUGACCCUCUUGGGCGGUCCCCUGAUGAUCCGCGCCGCCUGGUACACGGCGGGCGUCGUGGGCGGGCUCUCUACGGUCGCCAUGUGCGCGCCCAGCGAGAAGUUCCUGUACAUGGGCGGGCCUCUGGCGGUCGGGUUCGGGGUCGUCUUCGCCUCGUCCAUCGGCUCCAUGUUCCUGCCGCCGACCUCGGCCCUCGGCGCCGGCCUUUACUCCGUGGCCGUGUACGGGGGCCUCGUUCUCUUCAGCCUGUUCCUGUUGUACGACACUCAGAAAGUCAUCAAGAGGGCGGAGACGCACCCCCUGUACGGCGUCCAGAAGUACGACCCCAUCAACGCUUGCAUGGGAAUCUACAUGGACACUUUGAACAUCUUUAUGAGGCUCGUUAUGAUUCUGGCGAACGGAGGAGGAGGGAAAAGGAAGUAAA